AUGGAUUCUAACCAAGGUGACUCGAGCAAUUCCCGUCCGCGGUCUUCGACACGUUCCCGUCGACGCGCCGUGGAGGCCUGCAGCUUCUGUCGCAAGAGAAAGAUCAAGUGCAACAACGAGCGGCCAGUAUGCGUCAAUUGCAAGACGUACGACCGGGAUUGUGUCUACGAGCCCGUUGAUGACGUCGCCAAGGAAGCCGGUCGGGAGCGACACCAUCGCUUCAAGCGUCGCAAGAACCCAGGCGAUAAUGCGAGAGACGAGAGUCGCAGACAAGCAAGCCCAACCCUGUCUCAGCAAGGCGAUACGCCCAGUUCGCCUGGGACGGAGGGCUAUGUCCCAAAUAGUCGUGAUGACGAUGUAGAUAGAGACCAGUCUUGGGGUUCUGCUGCGCCCAGUCGUGUUUCCGAGGCCAGCGUUGCUCGCAUCCUAGUCUCAGCCAACGGCGUAUCAAGCUACCAUGGCCGCACGAGUGCUUUGUUUGAGGAUAAUAUCCAAGACCGACCUGUGGGAGCAGAUCAUCAUCCUCGAAUGUCGGAUGAGUGGGUUGAGCGAGGGUUAGUUGCAGAAGCCGCGAGACAGCGCCAGAUGGAACAACUCAACUUCCGCCAAGGCAAACUCGACUUUGACGGAGUAGAUCCCGACCUAGGCAUGCACCUGCUCUCACUGCACUGGAACCGCCAGCACCAUUCGUUCCUCAUCACCUACCGACCGGCCUUCAUGCGCGACAUGGCCUGCAACGGGCCCUACUUCUCAAAGCUCCUCCUCAACGCCAUAUACUUCGGCUCUUCCAAGUUCAGUCCCCGGCUCGAGGUGCGCAAGGAUCCCAACGAUGUCCGCACCGCGGGGUGGAAGUAUCGCGAGCGCGUUCGCGAGUUGCUGGGCGGCUCGCUUGAUCGCAGCGAUGUGACGACGAUACAGGCGUUGCUGCAGAUGACAAACUCUCUGUUUGCUCUUGGAGAUGAAAGAAGCGCUGCUUGGUUGUACUCUGGGCUGGCAUUUCGUAUGCUGGUCGAUUUGGGGAUGCACGUUGAUGUGACGAACAAAUACCCCUUCUCGGACGAAGACCUCGAAAUUCGGCGGCGAGUCUUUUGGGGCGCAUUCGUGGUAGAUAAGAUUCAGAGCCUCUACCAAGGCCGCCCGGUCAGCUUGAAAGAUACCGACGCCCUCGUGCCCAUCAAGUUUCUCGACACAUACGAGGAGCUUGAACACUGGCAGCCUUUCGCGUACUCAACGUCAGCUCCCGACUACCCGGGAUCUCCGGCGCACAGCACGUCGACGUUCACUUUUCUUUGCAAGCUUUCGAUUACCAUGAGCGAUAUACUCAGUUGCAUCUACACAGAACGGAGUUUCGACCAGAGCCCUGCGGAGCUGGCCAGUAUGUUGGAUAAGCUGCAAUUGAAGUUGAACAAAUGGCAUGAUUCGCUGCCCGGUCAUCUGCAAUUUGACCCAUCCAAGUCUCAGAGUGCUGCAUUUCCUCCGCCGCAUAUCUUCAGUUUACAUGCUAUGCAUCAUGUGCUAGUCAUCUUGCUGCAUCGUCCAUUCGUGGCCGAUGGCCAUUUAUACAAUACCUCUCGGUCCAUCUCAGUCGACUCUCUCAUGAAGUGUGCUUCGGCCGCAUCCAGCAUCAGCAGCCUUCUCCGUGCCUACCACAGAGCCUUCUCAACCCGUCGUGCGCCGUAUCUAAUUUCGUAUGCCACAUACGUUGCAGCGACGAUUCACUGCAGGAUUGCAGGCAAACGCGGCCCAGAUUCCAUGGCUCACGCCAACCUGGUUACUUGCCUGGCGGUUUUCCAAGAGAACAAGGAAACCAACUCUGCCGUACAGAAGGCAGCUAUGAUUAUACAGAGAUUGAUGAAGAAGCACGGAGUUACCGUGGAUGAAGUCUCUAGCGACGCACUGGACAUGAACCAGCCGAGUAAGCCGCGAGACCAAGAUCAUGAACCUGGUCGAUUGGCAGGGAGGACCAUCCCUCGCCGAUCCACCUCAAACAUCGAGCAAACAAACAGCGCCAACCUCAUUACAAAUACCCAUAAUGUGGCGACAGCUGGAAACAUAGGAACCGGGUAUUCGCCUGGCUCAGACUGGAUGGAUAUUGACGGGAUCAUCCAGAGUUUCUUGCAAGAGAGCGACGCCAACGGAACCAGACUUCUGGCAGAUGACACGGAGGAAGCCCCGAACCAAAUCCGGACACUGCGCAUGCCCCAACAAGGAAACAUACAGCCUAUUGUAAGAGGAGGCUUCCCUAUAGUAAACCAGACCCCAGACUACGGGGUGAUGCCGGGCGGUGUACAUCCUCCUGAGGCUUACAACAACGCCUACGAGUGGCAACAAGGAUGGUGGCCUCCGAAUGCCGAGGCGACAUCACUUGAAGAUCCACUAUUUGGCUUUAACGGUUCGUCUUUGGACAGUUUCUCGUUUCUGGGGGGUUGA